AUGGCUUUUUCUCGACAUUCACUUCGACGUGUUAUUGGUGAUAUGGUUCAUCGACAUAAUGGUAAAACUGAUACAAUAAACGCAGCAUCUAUUGAACAUCAUAAAAAUCAUAAUAGAUCACGUAAAAAAACUGAUCGAAAUUCUAUUAUAAGUAAUGGUUCUUUAUCGUUACCUCAAACAUGCUAUGAACGAUUACAUAAAAGCGAAAGAGAAGUAUGUAAAUCAUUAAAUUAUCUUGAUCAAGUUUUAACACAUAAUAAACUUGAAAUUCUUGCAAGUAUUAUUACAUCAUUAAUUGAAAAUAUCUUUGAUAUUGAAAGUGUACUAAAAGGAAUAUUCGAACAUGAACCAGCAUCAUUUAGAACACAUCUUCUUAGUGAUGUUUAUUCUCUCCUAGCGAAUUUAAUUGAUUGGUCUGAUAAAUUACUUUUAUUAAAAGCAAAUGAUACCAAAAAUCAAAUCAAUCAUGAUGAUAAAUAUAAAAAACUUGCACAUGAUCUUCUCCAAGCAAUAAAUAAUUGUAUUUCCUAUGCAUGUGAUACAUCAUCAAUUCAAAGUGCUGAAACACGUUCGGAUUCAUUUCAAAGCUUUCAAUCACUUAAUAGUUUUAAUGAUGAUUCACUUCCUGUCCUUCCUCCAAAACGAGAUAAACAUCCGAUAAAUUCCUCAACUACAAUUAUAUCUAAUCAUUCAAGAACGAAUGGUAGUUCAAAUUCACUUUUACUUUCUUCAUCAUCGAAUAAAAUCAAACAAGAUAAAGAUAAUGAUGAAUGUAUACAAUUAAUUGUUGAUGAUAUUAAUCAAAUUGUUGAAAAAUAUACACGUGAAUUAGAUGAUGCAAUACGUACAAAAACUACAGUUCGUUCUCCUUCUAUUGAUCAAAUAUCCGAUGAAAAUUUUUCUUUAAAAUUAACAACACCCUAUCGUCAUAAUAGUAUUGAUACAUUAUAUGAAACACAAAUAUCAAAAAUAAUGAAAAAUACUAUAACAAAAACAACAGUUAAUAAUGGACAUGGAAUAACUGAUAGAAAACAAUCAUGUCAAUUAUAUAAUGAAACAGAUUGUUUGAUUCAAUCACCCAAAGGAAAUUUUCAAACACAAAAAUUUUCAUUUAUUAAUCGUGAAAAAUUAAAUGAUGGAGAUGAACAACAAAAAUCAAUGAUGACAUCUCAAAUAAGUCAAAUAAAUCUAUCGGAUAAUGAAAAUAUUAGUAAUGAACCACCACCAUUACCACCAAAACGAAAAACAGCUCGUGCUUAUAUGUCCUUAUUUGAUCGAUAUGAUCAAAAUGUUGCUGAAAUAUUUCUUCGUAAUACAUGUCUUGUUCCGACAUCACAACGUCGAUUUGAAGAUUUAUUUGAACAAAUUCAACAACACUUCCAACAAAUGCAAAUAUUUUCUAACAGUGAUGACUCAUUAAAAACUAAAGAAACAACACCAACAGUUAAAACUGCUAAUAAAUCAAAUGGAUCUCUAAAAGACAAUGAAGACAUCGAUGCAUCUAAUCUUUAUAAUAAUCCAUUAAAAACUGAUUAUCAUAGUGAUCUUUUUCUUGAAAAUAUUUCCCAUCUACUUGUUUUCAAUACGAAUGAAGAUCCUUCAUUACGUGGUGGUUCUAUUGAUGCAUUAAUUAUUCGUGCAACAUCAUCUGAUAAAAAAGAUUUUGUUUAUCAAGAAGCAUUUCUAACAACUUAUCGUACAUUUGUAUCUCCGAGUGAUUUAAUUGACAAACUUAUUCAACGUUAUACAUUUUUCUCACAAUUUGAAGCAAAGAAAAAAAUAGCUCGAUAUGCAUUUUCCCUUCUUAUUCGUGUUAUUGAUGAAAUCGAUAAUGAAUUAACAGAAGAUUUAAUGAAAUCUCUUUCAAAUUUUGUUACGAAUUUAAUUCGUCAUGGUGAACUUCAAUUAGCUAAACUUCUACGAAGAAAAUCACUUGAACGUUUCAAUAAAUUUUUAAUACCAAAUGAACAAAUUCAACAAGAUAUUGUUGUUAUACAAAAUUCUAUAUCAUCAAAACGAGCAACAUUACUUGAUUUUCAUGCAAGUGAUAUAAGUGAACAAUUAACAUUACUUGAUUCGGAAUUAUUUCUUAAAAUUCAAUUAUCAGAAGUAUUGUAUAUGUCAAUUGAAAGAGGUGAAGAAUAUUCACCGAAUUUAGCAGCAUUUACCGAACAUUUUAAUAAUAUAUCUUAUUGGAUAAGAUCUCGAAUACUUGAACAAAAUUCACAAAAACAACGUGAAAUUUAUUUUGAAAAAUUCCUUAAAAUUUUAAAGCAUCUACGACGAUUAAAUAACUUCAAUUCAUAUUUGGCUAUUCUCUCGGCUCUUGAUUGUGGUCCAAUAAAACGACUGCAUUGGUCGAAAAGUAUAAUCGAUGCGAUUUCUGAACAUGCUGGACUUAUUGAUAGUACUGGUUCAUUUAAAAACUAUCGUGAAGCAUUAAAUGCAUCCGUUGGUCAACCAUGUAUUCCUUAUAUUGGUUUAAUUCUAUCUGAUUUAACAUUUGUUCAUAUUGGUAAUACAGAUUGUUUACAAGAUGGUCGAACAGUUAAUUUUUGGAAACGUUGGCAACAAUUUACAAUCUUACAUAAACUUCGUUAUUGUCGUAAAUGGGAACAUAAAUUUACUCGUAACGAUCGUAUAUUGUAUUUUUUUAAUAAUUUUGAUGAUUUUAUGAAUGAAGAAGCUCAAUGGAUACAAUCAGAAAAAAUUAAACCAAGACAAAAAUCGAAUCCGUAUGCAUGA